CAACUCUGGCAACCACCAGUGCUGAAGGAUCUUCAGCUAGCCUGGGGGUUCGCACCAGCUCACCCAUCGCAGGGCUCACAUGUGGGCAACUCUAAGCCAUGGGAUGUUCCCAGUGACCAGCCAGACCCCUCCAGAGUGAGGGCAGGAGUCCCUACGAGGAUGCACACCCUAUAGCAGUCAUGGACUCAAACAAACAAGAAGGAGAGACUGAAAGUGUGCCUGUGAGUACCCCUGCAACACAGAUUUCCCAGUUGCAGGCAUUAGCCUCUGAGUUGAAGGCGGGUUUCACAGAAGCGAUGCAGGAGCUGUCACGAAUCCAGCAUGGCGAGUAUGCCCUGGAGGAGAAGGUCAAGAGCUGCCGCUGUGCCAUGGAAGAGAAAGUGGCAGAGAUGAAGAAUUCCCUCAACACAUUCAAGGAGGAGCUCAGCGAUGCAAAGUCAAUGAUUGAAGAAAUCAGUGCGAAGCAGGAGGAAAUGCAACAGAAAAUUGAGCAGCUGCAGCAAGAGAAACGGCGGGAAUCACGGAAAGUGAAAGCUAAAAGAGCACAGAAGGAUGAUCAUGGGUCACAGACAGUGCCUACGCCUCUCCAGGGCAGCCCAUUUCGAUCUAUUAGCCUCCCAGAACCUGUGCUGAUCAAUGAAGAUUUUACAAGUCUUUUACACAACGCUACUUAUGAAAAAGUGUCCGACACCAGGAUCAUGCCAAUGGGAGAAGGAAAUAUGAAAGUCAUAGCAGGUCCAGGAGCAAUCAUAGAGACAGAUGAUAGUCUCAAGCCUUCCUUGACAACAGAGGGGCAGUCAAAAGUGCAUCUGCCAUCAACAGUGUGGAAGCAACCCAAAGACACUAAGGACUGGGGAGAUGAAUACAUUUCCAAAGAGCAACCGGAGAGAGGAAAAGACAUAGGCCAAAGCAGAUACAGCUCAGCAGACAACAUUAUAUGCGAACCCUCUUUGGCUGCCAAAAGGCAGAACAUCGCUUUGGAGCUGCUGGAAUCAGAAAGAAAAUAUGUCAUCAACCUUUCUCUAAUCCUGAAGAUCAAGGCCACAUUGCAGGGACCAGAUUCGAAAAGGAGCACCAAAGAGAGAAGUUUCUUCCCCAACUCUUUGAGGUACCUGGUCCAGCAGCAUGUCGAUUUACUUCAUGCUCUACAAGAGCGAGUCCUGAGCUGGCCCCGACAAGGGAUCCUAGGAGACAUCUUCCUGAAGUUAACAAAUGAUGAGAAUAAUUUUCUGGACUACUAUGUUGCUUACCUGAGGGACCUGCCAGAAUGCAUCUCUCUGAUCCAUGUGGUGAUCCUGAAGGAGAUAGAAGAAGAAAUCAAGUCUGAUCUCUACAUUCUGUUCUUCCAUAUAGUCCAGCGAAUCCCUGAAUACCUUAUUCAUCUACAGAAUGUCUUGAAGUUCACGGAGCAAGAGCAUCCUGACUAUUACCUGCUGCUGGUGUGUGUGCAGCGCCUCCGCAUUUUCAUCUCACACUAUAGCCUCCUCUUCCAGUGCAAUGAAGACCUGCUUAUACAGAAGAGGAAAAAGUUGAAGAACACGACGAUGGAUUUCUCCUCCCUCAGGUCAUCCCUGGUGAAGCUGUACAAAGGUCUCACCUCCCAGUGUACGAGCCAAGAGGUUUCUCCAACACCCAGUGCAACAUCUAUCCGGGACGGCGGGAUCCACUCUGAAGAGACAAUACAAUCAUUCCCACCAGCACCUUCCUCUGGCACGACAACCCCGCAUUUGAUGCCUCAGCUGAAGAAACCCCAAUCAACUGUGAUGGAGAACAUCCAGGCUGUAAAGCCCCCUGACUGGGAAAUAGAAAGUAGAAAACAUGAGAGGCCAGAGAACAUCCUUGCAUCCUCUCAGCUCACAGAGCAGGAACUCAAGGCUCUAACAGCCCCCUUACAAUCCAUCCCUGAAAUGGAGUAUGAAGCACCACCAGCUGAUGCAGUGGGAAACACCGAGAGAGCCAUCAGGACUUCUGUGGAGCUGCUGCAGGAUGCGAGGAACUUUGUGCCAAGCUACGAAGAGUUUGACUACCCUGGAGAGGUUUUCACCCUGCCAGGCCCCUAUGAAGAUGAUGCCUUCCAAAACCUCACUCUCUUUGAGAAUUGCUCCCCAGCCUCUUCUGAGUCCAGCUUAGACAUUUGUUUCCUUAGGCCUGUUAACUUCACAUCAGAACCAGAGAGGACAGAUCACGCCUUACAGCCACUGCCUAAGAGCUGCACUCCUGUAAGCAGCAGUACUUACAAACGUGAGAUGUUCCACAGCAAAGGCAAACAGCUGAGCAGGUCUCUGAAGGAGCUGCCAAGGAAUGCUGAGGGUGUGAGCACCAGACUCUACAGCACACGGAGCAGCAGUGGGAGCCGGCUGCAGCAGAAGCAGGAGAGGAAUGUCCAGCCUCACAUGAUCUCAGCCUCAUCUCGAAGCUCCCAAAGGAGCUACUUCCCCCCACAGCGAGGAGUGGGUGAAAAACAGAGCUUUUUGGAAGAGCUCCAUGCAGAAGACAACACCAGGUUCUGCCAGAAGGAUGACAAUGAGCAAACAUCCUUCAGCGACCACAACCCACGGCACGAGCCCAAGGGGGGUUUCCGGAGCUCCUUCCGCAAGCUCUUCAAAAAGAAAUAAGCAGCCCCAAGAAAGGCAGGCCACAGCCUAAGUGCAACAGUGUUUCCCCAGGUCCCUGAGGGUGGAGAGAGACAGCAAGGCCCCAAGAUCCCCCCUGACUAACACAGUAGGUGAAGGCGUGGGGGAGCGGAGACUGUCACAACUGCCUUACAAAUGCAUCCUGCUCUUCCUAGCACAGGGCAGGGCCAGGCUAUGGGUUGAAGUGAAGCUCAGCCAGCAGGUCAAACAAGCACAGGAACUUGCUUGCUCUCACUCCCUGCCUAACUUUCCUCGGAGUUUUGGAAAGCUUUGGCUGAAUCCCACUUUCUUCUCCUCCCCCUCAUCCCCCAAUGCUGCUUGAUUUGCCAUACAUCUUUGCUCUUCCAAAUUCAAGUGAGGCCUAAUUUGGGCUCACCCACAAUAGAGGUGUUAUCUUUGCAGCCUUGGCAACCUGGCCAGAAGUCUGAAAUUCCUCUCCUUCCUCCACUUUCCAAAAAACCCCCACGCCAUCAGUCUUCCAGGAGGCCAGCUUGCAUUACCCUGCUGGUUUUAGAAAGUCUAACAAGCAUCAGCUGAAGCACCUGGGCACUGUACCACUUAAUCAGCAGCAUCCUUUCUUUUGGACUUCCAUCACCCCCCAAAAUCCUCCUUCACCUUUUAUGUGGCAUGCUGUUUCCUGAAUUGCCUCCUGCCAUAUGAAUCUCUGCUCCUGCUGUCAGAAUUGCUUAUGUCUCCAGGCAGGUGAUGCAGGCUGAGCCCAGGGCCUGCCAGAAGAGGCAAAGACUCUACCCUAUCCCUACCAUGGAUUGAUGCAGAUGCUGACAGCCAGUCAGUGUCCUGGCUCUGAAAUACUGACCUGAAAUACUCUUUGCUAACCCUUGUUGGCCUGACAACACCUUACAAGCUCCAUCAUGUGCAGCAUCCUGCCUGGGAGCAGUUCUAGAUAAAAUUGAGGCACGAUGAUAGGGAAGUUGAUGGUGCUCCAUGUUCAAAGUCACAAGCCCUCCUUCUUGGACAAGGACACUCUUACACCCACAACACACGCCACCCUCCUUGCAUCUCAACAUGACAAACCCUCAGUAAUGCUGUUCUCUGCAGAAGACUCAGCUUUUGUUAUAAAGAAAGUAUGGAGGGAAAUACAGUCCUCCGAUGUGACAUCCAUGUCACACCCCAGCAGCAAGAACAGCUGUUCAUACAGGGCUGUGGCAUUAGCUGAAGUUGGGGCACACUAGGGGUAGUUUCAAGAGGAAAUGUUGUUUUAUCACCUUAUUUUGGCAGGAUUGGGACACUGGUCUGUCAUAAAGAACAGCUUCAUCUGAAGAGGUUGUGAACUGUCUCUGUGGGUCCACAGCAAUGUCUUGGGGAAAUAUACAAGGCUGUUUGAUUAGGGGCUUGGGACUUCAACUACGGCAAAGGGUGACUGAAUCUGGUGCCAAGAGAAAAGCAUUCACCAUACUGCACAGCACUCCUGGCAAUGGCAAUGGUACAGGGAGGGCCCAGAGCAGAUGUCCCCGGCUGCAGUGGCUAAUACCCACUGCAGACACAGGGACUAUAGCACAGUGUUGACUGACCUGCAUCUACCAUCUGAUUUCCUCCUCUGGUGGAGGUGAAGUGUGUGUGAACAGGGUUAUCCCUUCAAAACAGACAAAAGCUAUGCUUUAUCUCCAUCAGAGUUUUCCCAGUGUUUCAAGGAAGUGACCAAGCAAAACCUCAGAGUUUCAAAUGUUUUAGCUGAUGCCUGCCCCGCAGAUUUCACUGGACCCAAAAUAGUUCCUAAAAAUCCACUUCUCCUUACAAAAAGGAAAAACAUACAAUCUUUUCUUCCCACCCCCCAGCUUUUGGAAACUAUUUUGGGAAGAUUUUUUAAAAUUUAAGGUUUUUAAUGACAAAAACCACCUUCCAUCUCUUUCUCUCUCCCUCACGUCCUCAUUAAGUUACAAAUUUCCUUGCCCAUCUCAGUCAGGACUGCUCCAUGCUGACCAGCCACUGCAUCACAAAGACACUUCUGUGUGUGGGCACUUCCUAUGACUUUGCAGCUUUCAGUCAGACUGUGCAGGUCCAGGAUAGAAAUAUGUAAAAAGAGCCAGAUACUUCUAACUGAAGCAUCAGCAAAGCCUGUUGGUUCUGCAGAGGAAUCAGCCAUAGGCAGACCUAUUUGUUUGUCCAUGGAACCAGACUUAAAUCAAUAUGGAUGAGUUUCCACUUAAUGCACUGAUGCUGUCAAGGGUUGAUGUUUGUGUCUUUGGCUUCUUA